AUGCGUAGGAGCCGGCGGGCGAGUGGGCGGGGCUGGCGUCACGCGGGGGAGGGGGCGCCGGGCCCAGCGUGCUGGCGUCAGACCGGCGGCCACCUUGUGCGCAGGCGCCUUACGGUGGCCUUGUCGCCCAUCUUUUUUUCCCGUGUGCGGACACCUCGCCAUUCCCGUUGGCCACCGGCCCACGGUGCUGACCCCAACACCAUACCUUCAAUUAAGUUGCAAAGUUCUGAUGGAGAGAUAUUUGAAGCUGAUGUAGAAAUUGCCAAGCAGUCUGUGACCAUCAAAACCAUGUUGGAAGAUUUGGGAAUGGAUGAUGAAGGAGAUGAUGACCCAGUUCCCCUACCAAAUGUUAAUGCAGCAAUACUAAAAAAGGUCAUUCAAUGGUGCACCCACCAUAAGGACGACCCUCCUCCUCCUGAGGAUGAUGAGAACAAAGAGAAGCGGACUGAUGAUAUCCCUGUGUGGGACCAAGAAUUCCUGAAAGUUGACCAAGGAACACUUUUUGAACUUAUUCUGGCUGCAAACUACUUAGACAUCAAGGGUUUGCUGGACGUUACAUGCAAGACUGUUGCCAAUAUGAUUAAGGGGAAGACACCUGAGGAGAUCCGCAAGACCUUCAAUAUCAAAAAUGACUUUACCGAAGAGGAAGAGGCCCAGGUGAGCAAAGAGAACCAGCGGUGUGAAGAGAAAUAA